AGUUUCCUAAGCAAAAUAGCUGCUCCAAAAUGUCCCUAACCCUUCCCCACUUGAUCCCAGAGGAAUUUUUUCCCUUCUAGUUCUUCCUAGAAGCGACCACUCCAGUAACCAGCAUUUGGGGUUCUAUGUAUACAUUGCAAACCCCAGAAUGUUGUGUGGCAAAAUGGGCUUGGGAACCUCAUGGGAAGGGCCCUACCCCUGAUUGCAGUUAUUUUUUCAGGCCCCCCAGGAUCUUGUUUAGGGGUGGUCUUUAUUUUAGGAGCACCAUGGUGAUUAAAGAGAGCCCUUCAUGCAUAUUACCAGAGCUAACUGGAGAACCUCUGUUCAGCCAAGUGACUUCUUAUUGGGUUCAGGGAGGAGACCCUUUGGUUGAGACUGGGAGAGUGAAAGAGAACAUGAUAUGAGGCAACAGCAGCAGAGAAUGGUCAUGAUGGUCAGAGUUAAACAGAGGAACUGCAAUGGUGAUGGAACUCCUUCCUGGACUGGCUGCUGAUUUUGCUUGCCCUGAUCAAAGAUGGGUAACCAUUAGCUAUUUAAGGUCAAAGGUCUAGAAAGCUGGGACUAAAAGAAGUCCUAGCAUUCCUGAGCCUAGUUCACAGUAAAUCCUGGAAGCCAUAGUCCUCCACUCAUUGAAAUGAGACCCUGGACCUGGAGUUUCCACUUUGGCACCUGAUGACCAGGCCCUGGGCAAGCCUUGUGGGAGAAACAAAGAUAACCAAGAUCUGGUCAAUGCACUCAAGGUGUUGGAUACCUUAGAAACUCUGUGCCAGCUGGAGCUACCUCUCCAUAAGGUUCACAGUCACAGAACAAAACUAAUUAGAGAAGAGGGAGAGCCGAGCUGACCAGGUUUAAAUCCCAUCAUGUGGGUUUGCCAUCUGCUCUGAGAUACAUUAAGGCAAACAGUCUGUGAUUUUCUUCAAGCACUGGUCUGGCUCUGGCACUCCUCACCUCCAUACGCUCCAGGGUGACACUAUUUGCUAGGGUCAAAUAGAAACUGUUCUGGUUGAUAUUUAAGAUUUUCAUGCCUUGGCCUCAGCCCAUAUAAUCCUGAUCUUCUUCAAGCUCUCAAUGAUCCACUCAAAUGGGACUUGACACAAGACAGUCCAUCUCCAGGCUCAGAGAUCUGGAAUGCACUCCCUCUUCACCUUCAUGUCCUAGACUCCUUAGUGGACCUUAAAGUUAAACUCAAGAACCAUUUUUCUAUGAAGCCUUUAGUGAUCCUGCCAAUUAUAAGUGGCUUCCCUGACAAAAUUACCUUAUUUUCAUUUUGUAAAUAUUUUGUAUUGGGCAGCUAGGUGGCACAGUAGAUAGAGUAGGUCCUGGAGUUAGGAAGGUCCAAGUUCAAAUUCAGUCUCAGACACUUACUAGCUAUGUGACCCUGGGCAAGUAACCUUAGCUCUGUUUGAUUCCGUUUUUUCUUCUGUAAAAUGAACUGAAAAAGGAAAUGGCAAGUCACUCCAGUAUCUUUGCUAAGAAACUCCCCAAUGGGGUCAUAAAGAGUAGGACAUGACUGAAAUGACUGAAUAAUGCCAACAAAUAUUUUAUUUAUACUCAUAUAAGUAUAUGUUGCCUCUCCUGAUGGACUAUGAGUUUUUCAAGGCAGGACCCUUCAAUUUUUUUUCUUUGUAAAAUUGUGUGGUUUGAUUUAACCUCUCUGAGUCUCAGUUCCCUCAUCUAUCAAAUGGGUACAAUAUUUAUAACACCAAUCUCAAGGAGCCAUAAUGGGGAAAACACUUUAUAAAUCUUUAGGCAUUAUGUCAUAUUUUUAUUACUGAAAGGCAAGCAAUUGGGUGGCCUGCUGAAUAGAGAUCUGGAACUGAAAUUAGGAAGACUUCAGUUCAAAUUGAACCUUAGCUAACUUUCCAGCUAUGUGACGCUAUGCAAGUCACCUCUCAUCUGUUCAAUUGGAAUUGUAAUAGCACUUAACUCAGGGUUGUUGUGAGAAUAAAAUAAGAUCUUUCUAAAGUGUUUUGAAAAACUUCAAAUGCUAUAGAAAUGAUAGCUAUUAUAAUUAUUGUUAUUGUUGUUUUUUUUUAUAUGUCUUACUUGACCCAACUGGGGGUUUUCUUGGUAAAGAUACUUGGUAGUUUAGCUCCUUUUAUAAAUGAGGAACUGAGGCAAACACGGGUUAGUGACUUGUCCAGGAUCAUAGUCAAUAUCCAAGGCCUGAUUUGAACUCAGGAAGAUAAAUCUUCCUGAUUCCAAGCAUAAUCCACUGAGCCACCUAGCUGCCACAAUAAUAAUAGUUUUCAAAAGACACCCAUCUUGUCUUGAUUCUUUUUGGCAGAGGAGGGAGAUGACAGACUGCUGGUCAAGCAAAACUCCAUGCAGGGAGAGGGUGGUAUUUGAACUGGACCCUAAAAGGAUGGUGGAUAUCCUCUUCCAUCAUGAGUCCCUUGGAGAUGUCCUGGAUCCUUGUCUUGUUGAUAAUAUUCUUCCUCUGGUUGUGGAUAGCAUCUUUCUCAUAAGUCUCAGAAUUGUCCUGUUUCACUGCAUUGCUGCUAGUAGAGAAGUCCAUUACAUUUGAUUGGACCACAAUGUAUCCAUCUCUGUGUAUAAUGCUCUAAACCAAAGGAAGUAUUAAUGAUUAUUGAGGAAAAUGAAGUGUUUAUUGAAAGAAUGAAGGAAGUACUUCAAAAGGAGGAAACAAAGAAGAAAACAGAUACAAAGAGGCAAAGGGAAGGUUUCACCUGAGUCAUAGAUGACCCAGGGAACAAGGGAGAAAAGGACUGCUGAACAUCUGGUGGUCUAGAAUAGCUAUGAGGCUCUUCCUGUAGAGGGCAGACCUGGACCAUUUCUGGAGGCAGAAGCUUCUUUAAUUUCAAGGAAAAAUGAUGUGGCUCCAUAGAAGGGUCUUCUAACAAGCAUCAGGGGAAAAGGAAUGGUGGUGAUUCUCUAUUAAAGAGACUUUUUCAUGUGGGGAACCAUGCCAGAAGAUUCAAGACAAGCACCAGCGAUUUGAUAGCCACCAAAGAUCAGGAAAAUUUGAUGACUAAUAACCAUUUGUGGUCAUUCUCAGAGGAACAAAUUUUAUCACCUGAACAAAUCUAGAAAGCCCAUCUAUGGACUUGUAAGACUUACAUCAAAUACCAAACACCUUGGCAGGAGUUGGGGCAAGAAGGGGCACAAGAGAAAUUUUCAACAAUACCACCGAUUAAAGGGAAUCUCUUCUUGGACUGUGAAGAAUGAAGCAAAAGUAAUUAGAGGAUCAGAAACGAGACGAGAUCAACAGCAUCUGCUGUACUCAAUGAGAUCAAGUCACUGGGGCCAGGGGUCGUAAGGGGCUGGUCCCCGACAUCUGGCAGCCCAACGUGGGGCCCGAGCGACCACCGGACGACUGAGGAAAAGUUCGGCGCCGAAAUCGAGACUACAGUAACGGGUAGGGAUCGAAUAGACGAUCCUGAGGAAGGGUAAGUUGUCCCAUUCAUAUCUCCCUCUCAAACCCCAUUGUGUGAAUGGUCGAAUGUAUGUGUGUUUUGAUGGCAACGGAAUAACAGUCCCCUUAUAUAUACGAGUAAUAGGGCGCCCCUUCGGGGAACCUGGCCGGGGCUUAUACGGCACGCCUACGCUCAAAUAUAAGGGACCCCUCUUUGACCAAAGGGGAGAGGCCAAUUCGUGGAGAGUUGAUCUCGCGGUUCGACUGCUGUUGACCUGUUUCUGAGUGUUGACCUGGGAUUACUGCGGUUCCGUCCCUGCGCGAGCACGGCGGCCAGGAAACCAGGGAAGCGAAACUUAUGUGUGACUGAAAAUGGGGAAAACACUGUCUAAGGAAGCUCUGUUUAUAAAAGAAUUAAAAGAAAGAAUUAAAGAGCGCAAUGUAGAAGUUAAGAAAAGAGAUCUGUUGCGCUUCUUCUCCUUCAUUGAACAACGCUGCCCGUGGCUCAUUCUCCAUGGCCCUGGCAUUCACCCCCUAACUUGGGAUAAGGUUGGCCGAGACCUUAAUGAUUUUGCACGCUCAGGUCAGCCCAUCCCUGAGGAUUUCUUUACCUUUUAUGGCCUGAUUCGGGACAUCCUUAAAGAGGCUGAUUCCAGCGCACAGGUCUCCCACCUCCUCAGCCUUGCUGAGGACGCUAUUGAGGAAAGUAAAAAAAAGACUGAAGAAACCCCUGAAUUAGGCAACAUGGACAAAAAAAUACAAAACCCCGUCUCAAGAAAUCCCUGAAUUAGACAACAUGGAUAAAAAAUACAAAACCCCGUCUCUCUUAGACGAACCUAUUAACACCCCCUCACACUUACCAGAACCACUGCCUCCCUCCCACAGACCCGCUCUCUAUCCUGUCCUUUACGAUAGCAAUACACCAGAGACCCUCAAUCCCGCAUACCAGACUGAACUGGAUGAGGCGGCAGCCGGAUACCACCCUCCAGACUUCCUUAAAAACAAGCCCCCUCCCUACAAUCCGCUUUACCCUUCCUUGAUUUUACCAACUCUUCCCAAUACAAAUGACCUAAAGAUAGCCACUGCUCAUUUAACUAAGCAAAUCACUGAUCUCAAACAAUUUAUAGACUUACAACAUGAGAUCGGCCACUUAACAAGCCAAUUACAUGACCUUCAGGUCGCCACCAUGAAACCAAUCUCACAUUCAAAAAAACCUAAAAACAACCCCUCCAAACUACAAAAGCCCCUCCUGGUCUUCCCGGUAGUUACCAGGCGUAGGGCCACCGCCGGUACCACCCCGGAGGAUGUAGACAUAGAGGAGAUCCCUGACGAACUGUCCCAACCCCACCAAAAUUCACCCCCCGUUUCCUCUGAAUCUGACAGAGAGGAGGGGGAUGAAGAAGCGAAUCAAGGGGUCCAUACCACCGAUACAACUCGGCCCCAUGCCCACCCAUUUAAAAAACUUAAAUUCAAACAGAUUAAGGACCUCCAUUCAGCAGUAAAAAACUAUGGCCUCAAUGCUCCCUUUACCCUUUCUAUCUUGGAAAGUCUCGGGGGAGAAGGGCACUUACUCCCCUCAGAAUGGACUAAGGUUACACAAUCUGUCUUGUCUAGAGGCCAGUUUUUAACCUGGAAGGCAGAGUUUCAGGAAAGGGUAGAAAAUCAAGCAAAAUCAAAUCUCACAAACCCCCAAACAGCCAAUUGGACAGUAGACAAACUCAUCGGUCGUGGUCGUUAUGCCCCUGACACCGUGCAAUUGAGAUUGCCUCCUGGCCUCCUCAUGCAAACCGCCCACGCCGCCUUAGCCGCAUGGCGCGCUGUCCCUGCCUCCGGGGCCAUCACCGCCCCGAUCUCUAAAAUCCUCCAGGGACCAAACGAGCCCUAUGCUCAAUUUGUAGCCAGACUCUUAGAGACAACAGAAAGGGUCUUGGGACAGGAUGGUACCGAUAACCCAGUGGUUAGACACCUGGCCAUUGAAAACGCCAACCCUGCCUGUAAGGCCGCCCUUAGAGGAAAAUCUACAGAGCUUGAUCUGAACGGCAUGAUCCGCUUAUGUAAUGAUAUUGACUCUUAUGACCACAGAAUUAACAAAUCUAUCUCCUUAGCUAUUGGAGCAGCCAUUCAAGCCACCCGACAGAACGCUCCCCGUAAUUGUUUUAAGUGCGGCAUGCCCGGACAUUUUGCUCGUGAAUGUCCCUCCAAUCAGGCUACCCCUAGUUUACCUUUCAGCCCCUCGGGUGUGCCUUCGAGACCGCCCCCAAGCGUCUGUCCGAAAUGUCGGAAAGGGCGUCACUGGGCCCGCGAUUGCCGCUCCAAAACUACCUCAAAUGGACAAAAUAUUCCACCUGUCCAGGGAAACGGGAUGCGGGGCUCCCUCGGGAGCCCCUUCCCCUCACCCUUGCUCGAGCCACAACAGGCAGCGCAGGCUUGGACCUCUGUUCCUCCUCCACCAGAAUAUUAA